GCAUUUACCUCACAGAUAAAGGGAGAACUUAGUAAACUUGGGAUAGGUUGGACAGGAUCAAGAGGGACAACGGGUAUGGCCGCAUUGGAAGGAUAUGCAGCGGCACUGGAGAUGUUUGACCUCUUUACUAGCUCACACCGGACAUCGAAGGAAGGUACUCAAGACAAGCCAUCCCCCGAUGGUCAAACGGGACUAUUGUGUCACAUAAUUCACUUGUCCGCAUGUCCACACGAUGAUGCACAGUAUCCACGCUGGAAUCAGACAUCCAGUCUGGACACGCUUACUUGGAAGGCGUUACCUGACGAGCUUCGCAAGAGGAAUAUUAACUUAAACAUGAUCUUACUGAAGCCCAAUAAGACAUUUUCUGACUUGUUUGCAUCGGUGAAUCCGGAACCACACAAGGCCUGGUUCCCGAUACUCAGUGAAUCUCAUGCGGUGCUACUCUCAUCGCAAGCGAGCUGGGCUCCAAUUAUAGCUAAACGUGCGGACGAAACCGCAGAAUCUGACAAGACAACCGUCGCGAAACCUACUGACGUAUCUACACCAAAGAAAGCUCCAGCAACACCCGUCCCUCACGCUCCGCCACCUCCAAAAUCCACUGAAACUGCAGCGCCGCCCGUCGCAACGCAACCGGACAAUGGUCCGCCCCAGCUUCCUAACCUCAACCAUGAGCAACUACAACAGUUAUUCCAUACGUUCAAUGAGCUCGGGAAGCAACUCAAGGAGGAUAGGGAACACCAGGAUUCACUUCGUCAACAGGGUCUUGAACAGGAUGCAAUGAAUUUGGAACUAAUGAUACAGGCGAAGACCGCACGAUUCCUCAAGCUCAGGAACGUCUUGGUAGCUGUGAGGAACAACGCUCUUGCCGCGGGCGCAUCAAGGUCUGCGAGUACACAGGAAAACGUUGCUGGAUCUUCUAGUCAAAACCAAACUACUGUUCCAGGCACUUCGAGUAACAUACCUUCACUGCCGACCCAGUCGAAUCCCGCUCAGAACAUCCAGAAAACAGUGCCACCACAGGCGCAGCAACAGCCACAGCCACAGCAACAACAAACGAGACCAGGUACUACUCCUACUCAAGACAUACGACCGCCCCAGAAUAUUCUUUCGCAAAUGCCCCCGAGCGUGGCAGCGCAAAUGCAUAAACUGCAGGCAAAAGAGGGAAUUCAGGGACAGACGGCAUUGUCUAUGAAUCAACAGCAGCGCCAAAUCAGUAUUCGACCUACUCAGCAGGCUUCCAACUUACCGCAAGAGCAAGCGCCAAGGCCAGAUGAGGACCGAGCUUGGUUUGGUACGAUUGCAUGGAUGCACCCGCAAUUGAUGAAUCGUAUAGAGAUACAGGUUCGAAUGGCUAGCCCUAGCAGACAAAACAUUCAACGACACUUAUGGCCUCCUUCCCUCGAGAUUGAGCUGCUUAGAGAACAGAGAGCUCCUUUGGACAUACUGAAGUUAUGGCUGACCCAACAUAAUCCAAUUUUAUGCCAAGUCACACCUCUAACGCAUUCGGCUGACGCACAAGAAAACAGUAAUCGCUUUAGAGGUUUUGCGUCGCUUAUUCAAGAAAGGAAUCUUUAUGCUGUUGGUAGACGUGUUCCAAUGGGAGAAUCUGUUAAGCCAAUGCUUCUCUUGUUCCCAACAGGCGGGGAUGGAAAUGCACUGGUCGCUGCGGCAUUUCCGGAGACGGGUGUGCCAGACUUACCUCGACCGAAUCCGCAACCUACUCCGGCAAUGCGGCCCCCGACCGCUGCGCCACCGUCAGGAGGCAGCGUACAUCCGAAUCCGAAUCCAGCUCCAGCUCCGAAUCAGCAAAUGCUUGCGAUGUUACAGAAUUUAACGCCAGAACAGCGGAAUGCGCUCAUUACCCAGUGGCGUAUGCGUCGCGCACAGAAUCAACAAGCGCAAGCUGGUCAUCCCCCACCUCAAGUAGUUCAGCAACCGCAGCUGCAGCCACAACCGCAACCGCAACAGCCCGGAGUUGGGGUUGGUGCUAGCGGAGUCAGCGGAAAUUUUGCAAACCCGAACAUGAUGCAAAAUCUACUGGGAGGUUGGAUGGGCGGCGCCGCGAUGGGCCAACAACCAGGCAAUAUUCAGAAUCUUAUGGCAGGGAUGCAGGGUGGGAUGCACCCCAAUCUUGCCCAGGCGCUGGCUGCUAUGCAACGGCAGCAACAACAUCAGCAGCAGGGUGGUAUGUCCGCGCCUCCGGGCUCAGGAGGACCACCAACAUUCUGAGGCUCGGCGUUACUGAGGCUCAAAAUUCGUUGAGGUUAUCACAUAACUAUCCGUCCCGUCCAUCAUCUUUCUUGGAAUAUUGUUAUUCUAUGCGCAUUUUUUGACAAGUAUUUCACUUAUCAUCUUACCGGCAUCUCACCAACAAAGUGUAUCUUAUUGCACGUGCACUUACUUCUGU